AGACAUCCAGUUAUAUGCUAGCACAAUCUACUGUUUCAUACUUGCGUCGCAUCAACUCCACACUCAAACAAAGUUUAUAAUCUGCAUGCAUAAAACUCAGCAAUCAUGUCUGAUUUAAACAACUUCGUAUCCGGUACCGAAAUUGAUCGUAAACGAGAAGAGACCAAAGCAUACCUGAAAGAACAACUCCGAGAAGCUGAAGAUGAAUAUAGGCGUAAAGAAGCCUACAAACAGAGACACAAAGACAGGGGAAAUGAUACGUGGUUGGCACCGGGAGUGUUGGAGAAGUUGGGUAAACAGGAAGAGAAAGAUAGACACAAUAUAGGGGAAACAAGUAGUAAAAGUGCUAAGAAAAACAGGGACAAGGAUUAUAAAAAGGAUGACGAGAAGAGGAAGAGACGGGAGCGGGAUGCAGAGAAAAAGCACAAGCACGAUCGCAAGGUAGGGUUUGGGUAA